AUGAAGCCUUUCCGAAGAAAUCAUUUUCAGUCGGUUAAGUUUUCAUCGACGACAAGACGAUCGGUUGACGACGCGACGCCAUCAACAACGAACACGAAGAUCCUCAGGGUCUCUCGAUUCACUGCUGACCAAGUAAGCCGAGAGCAGGCACGUCUGGAGAUGUUGAAGAAAGAAAACGAACGUCGGCUUGACACUGUCUGUGAUGAAAAAGAAGCCAGAAUGCUUGAAGACGAGCAGCUGGCGUUACUGAUGCAGAACAAGGAGUUCAUCCGCUGGCUACGGAAAGAGCAACUUCGUAAUCCAUCGUACAUUUCACCGUCUUCGCAUUUUGAAAAAGCAUACAGGAAGCGAUAUUCGUCCGGUAAAGAGCACGAUGUUUAUUACGAAUUCCUCAGUCUUAAUGAAGUAAACAGUGGCCAUUGGCCAGUGCGCAAGGCUACCGGAGAGAACUUUCUUGCGAACAUAUCGUCUGAAAACAAUAAUGGUCCGCGUGUUCCGGAAGGACCGAUCGUUGAUGAGCUGAUCAUAAAUGCCGAACCUGAUCUGAAGGAUCGACUGAAGAAUAUGAGUAGAAAACUGGAAAUCAUGAGUGUUGUGGAAAGAAUACGGGAUAAUUGUGCAUUUAGAUUUCUACUAGAGGAUUGGUUAGUGACUGAAUACGAAGCUAUCGAGCUGCUCAGAUAA